AGCAAGCGUAGAUGCAUUUUCUCAUCACGCAUGACACCUGUUGCCUUUUAUAUAUAUUUAAAUAUUUUAAAUAUUUAUUAAAUUAUAAAUUAAACUGCCCAGUAACAAAUUUUCGUAAUAAAGUUUAUGAAUAAUUAAUAAUAAUAAAAUUUAAAUUAAACUAAAUAAUGGCGGGAUCGUUAGAAAUAAAAUUUUUACUAUCGAGACAUAAAGCCUCUUUAUUACGGGAAUUAAAUACAACGGAUUUGCUAAGUGUACUAGUUAAACGAGGAGUUAUUAAUGACGUUGACAAGGAUGCAGUUGCUGGUAAUCCUGAGCAAUCAAUUAACGCAGAUAUCGAUUUAUUUAUCGAUAUUAUCGGAGCAAAAGGUUUCGAUGCCUUUAGAGAAUUUUGUUUUGCUUUGGAAGCUGAGUGCCCUAAUGUUUUGACUGAUCUAUUAGUUGACCAACACAGCGUCACUGGGAAUUAUCAAACAAAUGAAAACAAAGAGGAACCAAAGGAGUCAGAGGAGCAGAAAAAUGAUGAGGAUGUUAAGGAAAACAGAGAAAAUUCUCUGGUGAUAACAAUCGAGGACGAGGAUGACCAAGAAGAUACCAAAAAUGUUGAUAUUAUUUACAACGACGAGUCAAGUACUAAAGACUGCGAGGGGAUCGGAGAACCUGAGAGGUGGAGUGGGUUUCAGGAGGAGGUCCUUGAUGAACCUGUUGAUGAGCCGGUCGGUGACAGAGGAUGGGAAGUGCAUCACGUAACAGUGACCCGAGUGCCAGGAUAUGGAUUUGGGAUCGCAGUCUCCGGAGGAAGAGACAACCCGCAUUUUACUAAUGGCGACCCCGCGAUCGCGAUCUCGGACGUUUUGAAAGCGGGCCCAGCAGAGGGAAAAUUGCAAGUUAACGACCGAAUAAUUUCAGCCAAUGGUGUGUCACUAGAAGGUGCAGACUAUGGAGCAGCUGUUCGAGUUCUUCGUGACUCAGGAUCGACAGUUCUGCUGGUGGUUAAGCGACGAUCUGUGAUACCGCAGGUUCAGCCAGCGCAGCCUCAGACUCACAGGCUGACUCUGACUCGUAACAACAAAAAAGAUGACUUUGGUCUGGUUUUGGGCUGCAGACUUUACGUCAAAGAAGUCACUAGAGAAACUGGAGCUAAACCUGGCGACCUGGUGACCAGAAUUGGCGGGAUUCCUGCAGACAACAUGAGUCUGAAGGAGGCUAAAAAAAUAAUGGACUCGUGCAAGGAUCGGCUGUCAAUUGUCGUAACCCGUGAGCCCGGUGCUUCGACUUCUGCCGCUGCUUCGAACUACUCAACUGCCAAAGAAGCUGGUGAAUAUUUAUCGGGGGCAAGUUACAGCAGUCAGAAUCUUUACGUUCCGCCACCAACUCGUCAAACGGAUGACAAAAGUAAUCUAGCGCCUAGAGGUGCCGGUGGGAGGUCCAGAGGUCCUCUGAUGGAUGUUUCGUUGAGUCAAUUAGAUUUACCGGCUACUCCUACAGUAGAUCCACCGAGGCCGCCACCCCCACGACCUGAAGACUAUUAUUCAUCGCGGCGUCAACUCUACGAAGAAGAGGCUCGUUCUAAGCAGCCAGUACCCGACCCGCGGUUUAUAACUUUUCAAAAAGAAGGAUCCGUGGGCGUGCGUCUGACCGGAGGCAACGAGACCGGAGUCUUUGUGACCGCAGUUCAACCUGGAUCACCAGCUUCACUGCAAGGUCUUCAGCCAGGUGACAAAAUACUGAAAGUCAACGACAUGGACAUGAAAGGUGUCACUCGAGAGGAAGCAGUUCUUUUUUUGCUGAGUCUCCAGGAGCAGAUCGACCUGAUCGUCCAACAUCGUCGCCAAGAGUACGACCAAAUAGUGGCCUCAGGUCGCGGGGAUUCGUUUCACAUCAAAACGCAUUUUCAUUACGAGCAACCUGACAAGGGUGAGAUGAGUUUCCGCAGCGGGGACGUCUUCCACGUGAUCGAUACUCUCCAUAAUGGAGUAGUCGGUGCCUGGCAAGUCUUCAGGAUCGGGCGCAAUAAUCAGGAAGUACAGAAAGGAAUUAUUCCUAACAAAGCCCGGGCUGAGGAACUCGCAACCGCGCAAUUCAACGCGACCAAAAAAGAGCUCAGCACCAGCAGCGAGAGCCGCGGAAGCUUCUUCAGGCGAAGACGCGGCAGCCAUAGAAGAUCCAAGUCCUUGGGUCGCGAUCACUGGGACGACGUCGUCUUCGCGGACAGCAUAAGCAAAUUUCCCGCGUACGAGCGAGUCGUUCUGAGACACCCGGGGUUCAUCAGGCCGGUGGUACUUUUUGGACCGGUCGCGGACCUCGCGAGGGAAAAAUUACUCAAAGAUUUUCCGGACAAAUUCACGUCCCCGCAGAUGGAGAGUCAGCUGGACGACUCGACCAGUGGAAAGGGAGGAAAAACUAAUGGGAUUAUCAGAUUAAGUGCGAUCAGAGAAGUCAUGGAGCGAGGAAAACAUGCGCUGCUUGACAUUACGCCCAAUGCAGUUGACAGAUUGAAUUACGCGCAGUUCUAUCCGAUUGUUAUUUUUUUGAAGGCGGAAAACAAACAAGUUAUCAAAGAAAUGAGAGCAGGGAUUCCCAAGUCAGCGCAUAAAAGUUCAAAAAAAUUAUUAGAGCAGUGUCAGAAAUUAGACAAAAUUUGGGGCCACAUUUUUAGCGCCGUCAUAACGCUGACGACUCCAGAAGCCUGGUAUAGAAAAUUACGGGAGUUGAUUGACCGUCAACAACAAGGUCCUCUAUGGAUGAGUCAAACCAAGCCGGAAGAAGCACUCUCAGACGAUUUCCUAUUCCCGAUGACAUCUCGCCUCUCCUACGCUUCCUCUCCGGAAAGUGAUUUGGAAUUAAAUACAAAUGUUCCGAUGUUGUCUGGUCCACUCGGUCCACCGACACGUCUUAAGAGUAGUUCUGAUCCAAGUAUUGCUACUCAAGACGACACCGCUGCGCCCCCGCCGUAUACUAGCAGUUACCAGGCAUUCGAGCAACACAAACGUACGGUUCCCGAUACCAAGUACGGAUUCUCUACUUCAUCUGACCAGCCAAGCUUGCCAUCUUAUACACCAGGAGUACCCUCAGCACGUUCACCUCAUCACGGACCGCCAGAUCUGCCGCCACGAGUCGACAGAAAUGCAAAACCUGUCGGCCGCGGAACUCUUGGUCGCACAGCAGUCGACCGUCUCGCCAACAAAACUGACUCAGUACUCGACAUGCGUAAUUAUAUUAACGCUACUCCACAUCGUGCCAACACAACUUCUUCUCUAGAACGUUCUCAGCCCAAACCAGUUGCCGGUAGUUAUGACAGUAUGUCAUCAUAUGACUCAUACAAUACCAACGGUAACCAAGUUUAUAAUGUAGGGGGUAAUUUGAACACGUCAACUGGUCGAUUAGGUCCCAAUGUCCCGGACGAUUUAAAAACCGGUAACAUUCCGCAAAGAGCACAUGAUCCUUAUCGAUUUACUCGCUCGACUGCUCAACCAAUACCAGCUAAUCAAGAAAAUCGCGGUGAUUACGCUAAGUACAGUCGACCGGAACAUAAAGUGAUACCAACUACACCUUCGAAAUCUGGUAACAAUAAUAACACUGGUACAUAUAAACCGGUACCGCCGCCAAAACCGAAAAAUUAUCGGCCUCCAGUUCAAAAUUCCGUUCAAGAUGAUAAUAAUCCUGCUAAUUUAUAUCAACAUGCUAAAAAUUACUCACUGACACCCUCGCACGUUCAUAAUGGCAUUGAAAACACAAAUCACCGUAAUAGCGGUCAGUACUAUUACAACAUACCCCCUCCCAAUCGCGGGCAAGAUGGUAAUUUUUUAAUAAACACCAACAAUCACAAUCACUCUCACAGUUUGAGUCACUCGCACUCGCACUCAAAUCCACCGGUUGCCAGCCACGCGCACAGUAACAGCGCGGGCCAGCUGACUCUUAAUCACGGCCACAGUAGAUCUAAUAUUAACAACAACAAUAACGCCGCUAAUGUCAACGGCCAUGGCAACCACUCGGCCCACAAUGGCGGCGGGCAUAACCGCGAGCCCAGCGGUUUAGACCUCGCGGGCAGUCGGGAGCAACGAGGUAGCGCUUUUGAACUCUAUCGUAAGCCUCCGAUUCAUCAUAACGUCAGGACAUCUGGAAUUACAAAGGGAUUAUUUAAUAACGAGGGAGGUAUUUUACGUGGACCAGGAGAUGUUGUAAUGACAAUACCUCCUGGUGCCAUUUCAUCUAGUAAUCAUCAAGAAAUUUAUUUUGCCGUUGUACCGCCUAUUAAUACUAUUAAUACUAAUAAUAAUAAUAAUAUUAAUAACAAUGAUAUUUAUUAUGAUUACGAUAAUAUUGACACUGACAUUGACAUAAAUAUAAAACAACGUGGAUCUAUUUCACCGCCGGUUAAUAAGGGUGAGUCAUUAAUGAGUCCAUUAAUUGAAUGUGGACCACGUGGGAUUAAAUUUAAUAAACCAAUAGAAUUACGUAUUCCUCAUAAUGGAACUCCGCAACAUAAAUUAAUAUUAAAGACGGCAAAUAAUGAAGAUUUGGAUAACAGUUGGUCGGAUAUUAAAAUACCAGAGGCUUGUGGUGAAUAUAUUUAUGUUAAAUUAGAUCACUUUUAAUUAAUUCCUCAUUUUUUACUUUUAUUUUUUAUUUUUUUUAUUAAUGAGUUCGAUAAGUGGAAAGACAAUCAAAUUGCGAAAAAAAUGAGUACCCACAAGACUAUAAUUUGAAAUAGUGAUUAAUUGGUCUUUUAAUGGUUAAUUUGAUUAAUUGAUAAUUUAUAUUUUGUAGUGGAGUUAAAUAUAGUGAUGUGGGUACUCAUUUUACUUGCCGUCGCAUGCUUUAAGUUAGGAAAUUAUUAAUUUUGAAAAAAACAAAUUUUUAAUUUUUGAUCAUUCAAAAAAAAAUUUUUAUGGAAAAAUGAAUACUGUAGUGGGACAGUUGACAAUAUUCCGAGUACAAUGAGUACCCACAAGCCUAUUUUUUAAAAUAUCAAUAAUUUGGUAAUUAAACAAUUAAUUAAAUUGUUAAUAACAAUUGCAAUUUUUAACCAGCACAGAAUAUUAUGAUGUGGGUACUCAUUUUACUCGUCGUCGCCUGCUCUAUCUAAGAAAGUUAUUGUUUUGAAAAAAAAAAAAGUUUUCGAAUUUUCAUUGAUACAAAAAAAAUUUUAUCAAAAAAUGAAUAGUGCAGUUGAAUGGUAGACUUAAUUCCGAGUAAAAUGAGUACCAACAAGCCUACUUUUAAAAUUAUCAAUAAUUUGGUAAUUAAACAAUUAAUUAAAUUGUUAAUAACAAUUGCAAUUUUUAACCAGCUCAGAAUAUUAUGAUGUGGGUACUCAUUUUACUCGUCGUCGCAUGCUCUAUCUAAGCGAAUAAUUGAUUUAAAAAAAAAAUUGUUUUGAAUUUUUAUUGAUACAAAAAAAAUUUUAUCAAAAAAUGAAUAGUGCAGUUGAAUAGUAGACUUAAUUCUGAGUAAAAUGAGUACCAACAACCCCAAGUUUCAUACUCUUAUGAAUUCGGUAAUUAAUAAUUAAUUACAUGCGUAAUUAAAAUAUAUGUUUUCAAGUGACUCAAAAUAUAUCGAUGUGGGUACUCGUUUUACUCGUCAUCGCAUGCUCUGCAACAUAGGACAUAAAAUUUAAAAAAAAAUUGAAUUUUAAUAAAAUUAAUUAGGCAUAAUUAAUAAAAUGUGAUGGUGCCAUGGUACCGUAUAAAAAGUAUACUAAAAAUACAUAAUUAUUAAAAGUAUUUAUUCUCUGUGAGAGUAAAUAAAUAUCUAAAUAAUAAAUAUAAUAAUUAUACAUAUUUAAUAAAUAUAUAUUAAUGUAUAUAUUAUAAUCAAUAUUAAUAAUAAAUAAUAAAAAUGCAUUUAUCUGGUACAAGGAGAGCAAGGCUGAAAUACCAAAUGAUCUGACUAAUCAAUAUUUAAAAAUUGAUUAAUUAAUAAUAAUAAUGAAUUUUUUAAACAAAUAAAAUUAAAAAAAAUUUUUUUUUAAUGCAUUUUUAAACAUUCAAAGAAUACUUGCUCGCACAUAAUUAUUAAUUACAAUAAUUGCAUAAUAAUCUCAUUAAUAUUAAUUAU